AUGUACUGCAAGUUCCUGGGGCUGCUGGUUCUGCCGCCCGCUCCUAGGGCCUACACUGCCUGCACGAAGCUGCUGGGGGGAUGCAGAGGGACUAGCUGCCAGACACCCUCGGGAAUCCUGCCGGGCCUGUCGGAGGCCUGCUGCUUUGGUGUAUAUGUCGCCACUUUGCAAAUGAAUCCGUUAGUCGCUGUCUUGGUGGCGGCUGCCGGCACGCAGGAUCACGUCCAUAGUAAGAGUAAGUCGGUGCAGCAUGCACUGAGCGCCGGGAGCAAGGCCACGAGUCGCCAUCUUCCUCGCUUAGUUCUUCCCACACGUCUGCAGCAGCCAUCCCCACUCCUGUGUGUAGGUGAGAGGACUGAGGUCCGCAGUCUGAACAGGGAGCUCCACGCCCUGGCUACCUGCCCUUCGUGCGGAAUCACGUUCGUCCCCAAAUCGGAAGCUGGUGCAGAAGGAGGAGCGGUCCAAAACGGCUGUCAAGAGGAGCAUAAAAACAGCACCAAGGCUCCUGGAGCUCCUAAUUCCAAAACUCAAAAUGGACUUCUGAGUCCUCCCCAUGAGGAGAGGCUCACCAACAGUCAGACCUCCCUGUGUGAGAUCUUACAGGAAAAGGGAAGGUGGGCAGGAGUGAGCUUGGACCAGUCAGCUCUCCUUCCGCUGAGAUUCAAGAACAUCCGGGAGAAAACAGACGCCCAUUUUGUUGAUGUUAUCAAAGAAGACAGCCUGAUGAAGGAUUAUUUUUUCAAGCCACCCAUCAAUCAGUUCAGCUUGAACUUCCUGGAUCAGGAGCUAGAGCGAUCCUAUCGGACCAGCUAUCAAGAAGAGGUUAUAAAGAAUUCUCCCGUGAAGACUUUUGCCAGCGCCACCUUCAGCUCCCUCCUGGAUGUGUUUCUGUCGACGACAGUGUUUCUGAUUCUGUCCAUCACCUGCUUCCUGAAGUACGGGGCUGCCUCCAUGCCUCCCCCGCCCGCCGCCCUGGCUGUCUUCGGUGCCGCCCUGCUGCUGGAGGUGCUGUCCCUCGUGGUCUCCGUCAGGAUGGUGUUUUUCCUGGAGGAUGUGAUGGCUUGUACCAAGCGCCUGCUGGAGCGGAUAGCCGGCUGGCUCCCGCGCCAUUUCAUUGGGGCCAUCCUGGUGUCACUCCCUGCUCUCGCCGUCUAUUCACAUGUCACCUCUGAAUUUGACACCGACAUACACUUCACCGUGUUCGCGGGCUCCGCCAUCCUGACCGCUGUCGUGCACUACUGUAACUUCUGCCAGCUCAGCUCCUGGAUGAGGUCCUCCUUAGCCACAGUCGUCGGGGCUGGGCCGCUGCUCCUGCUCUACGUCUCCCUUUGCCCGGACAGUUCCGUAGUAAUUUCACACCUGGAUGUGGGACAGAAUUUCAGUUCCAAGGGGAAUCCGUGCAACAGUUCCUUGCCGCGUGACGGCAGAGCAGCCAGCCUGAUUGGCCAGGAGGGGGUUCUUGUCUUCUUUCUCCUGCUCUUGUUGGUCUGGUUCCUGAAUCGAGAAUUCGAGGUCAGCUACCGCCUGCACUACCACGGGGAUGUGGAGGCGGACCUCCACCGCACCAAGAUCCAGAGCAUGAGGGACCAAGCUGACUGGCUGCUGAGAAACAUCAUCCCCUACCACGUGGCUGAGCAGCUGAAGGUCUCCCAGACCUACUCCAAGAACCACGACAGCGGGGGCGUCAUCUUUGCCAGCAUCGUCAACUUCAGCGAGUUCUACGAGGAGAACUACGAGGGGGGCAAGGAGUGCUACCGCGUCCUCAACGAGCUCAUAGGGGACUUCGACGAGCUCCUGAGCAGGCCGGGCUACGGCAGCAUCGAGAAGAUCAAGACCAUCGGAGCCACGUACAUGGCUGCGUCAGGGCUGAACGGCGCGCAGUGCCGGGACGGCAGCCACCCGCAGGAGCACCUGCAGGUCCUGUUUGAGUUCGCCAAGGAGAUGAUGCGCGUGGUGGACGACUUCAACAGCAACAUGCUGUGGUUCAACUUCAAGCUCAGGGUGGGCUUCAACCACGGGCCGCUCACGGCGGGGGUCAUCGGCACCACCAAGCUGCUCUAUGACAUCUGGGGUGACACCGUCAACAUCGCCAGCAGGAUGGACAGCACGGGGGUGGAGUGCCGGAUCCAGGUGAGCGAGGAGAGCUACCGCAUCCUGAGCAAGAUGGGCUAUGACUUCGACUACCGAGGGACGGUGAACGUCAAGGGCAAGGGCCAGAUGAAGACCUACCUGUACCCAAAGUGCACGGACAGCGGGGCCGUGCCGCAGCACCAGCUGUCCAUCUCCCCGGACAUCCGAGUCCAGGUGGACGGCAGCAUCGGGCGGUCUCCCACGGACGAGAUCGCCAACCUGGUGCCUUCUGUCCAGAGUGCGGACAAGACGCCUCCGGGUUCCGAAAACAACGUGCAGGCCAGGGAUGCUCACCUGUCCUCUAAGAGGCCCUGGAAGGAGCCUGUCAAAGCCGAAGAAAGGUGUCGAUUUGGCAAAGCCAUAGAGAAAAGCGACUGUGAAGACGCGGACGCUGAAGAAGCCAGCGAGCUCACCAGGCUCAACGUUUCUGAGAGCGUGUGACGCAGCGCCCGUCGCUGCCGCGGUGCUCUGCUCCUUGAAACCCAGUCACGUUUGUACUUGCCUGUUGUGCGUCCCGAGCACCACAGCCUCUGUCCCUGGACGUGGUGUCACGUGGUCGUGGCAGCCCUGACGUCUGUGCGGACCACAGCUAUUCAGGGGUCGUUUCCAUCCGUCUCGUUCCUUUUCUUCCCCGGAGCCCUAUCCCCUGGGUGUGACCGUCCAGCAGCGUGGAGAACAAGUGCCUUCGGGGGCUGGCCGCGGCGUCUAGUCUGGGGACAGAGACCGCCGGUGGAGAUCAUGGCAUUGGGUAUUGCUGGACUUUUUAAACAGAAGCUGUGGUUAAGAUAGCGUUCUUACUGCUUUUCCUCACAAGACACUUUGGGUUUUUGUUUUGUCGUCGUUUGUGUUUUUGUUUUGUUUUGUUUUGUUUUUGCUAAUACAAUGUUUUUGCGGUUUAUUUUUUUCUGUGUACGUAAUAGUGUUUCCCAGUGCCCUGAUCUUUCUAUGUAAACAUGUACACGCACACACACUUUCAUUUAUGAAUCUGAGAUCAAGUGCCAGUAACUCACUGUGAGGGGCGGUGGGGGGGCGUGGGGUGCGAGCAACCGCCAGCCUGGACAGCCCGCGCCCUCCCCACCUGCGCCUUCCAGAGCUCCUGGGCCCUCGGGGCUGAGGGGGCGCCGCUUCCCAGCCAGGUGGGGUUAGGGCUUCUUCCACGUGCAGGCCCAAAUUCCAGAUGCUAACCAGGGAUGCGCUCGUGAACCCAGGCCUCAGGUAUUUAAGAGCCGUGUUUCAUUCUGCCCUGGAAACCAAGGGGUCUUCCAGCUGGGAGCGAAGGGGUUUGUCUGAAGCCGAGUCCUCUGAGAGGGAAACUCGAAAUAAACGUCUGAGGGUUGCAUUUAUUUAUUUAUUUAUUUAUCAGGAAGUGCGUGUUUCGGGGGAGGGGCUGCCAGGUCAUUGUGGUGAAGGGAGAUAGGCUGGGUGGGGGAAAGGGGGGCUGCAAGCACGCAGCAGGGUGAGAAGAUGCCCACUAGUGCUUUGGCCGCUUUGGGCCACGUCCCCACACAGGGGCUGAGCAGGACCUGGACGGACGUGGCCAGAGCACUCUGGGCCAGAGAUGUUCCCAGCCACGGUUUUCAGCCUAACUAACGCAGCCGCUUCUGCCCUGCGAGCUGCAGAUCGGUGCCCAUGGGGCCUUCCUGCCGCAGGGGUCGAGUCGGAGCCCUGCUCUGUAUGAGGCAGGAGGCCUGGGCAGAGCACAAGGGUGGGCAGGCAGUGCCGGCAGGGGCUUGGCUCCCACACAGCCCAGAAGUUUCUCAUCCUUUCCCGUUCUUGGCUUGCGCUGGGCCUCUGUGCGGCAGGAUUGAACCUAGUGAGUGAAUCUGAAACCCCUUUAGGUGGAGUUCUUACACUCUGCGUAGAGACAGAAUCGUCCACGUGCAGAUGAGGUGUUAAACCAGGGCAAGUGUAGAAAACCUAAGGAAAAUCACUUCUGGGCCCUUUGUUGCUAAUCCUGCCCGUGAUGACGUUUUGCCGUGUUGAGUCUGGAGCGGACGUGGUGUUGAACUCAGGCUAGAGUUGCCUUGUCGUGGUCAUUUUCCAGGUGACACUGGCAUACAGUUCACAGGAUGAUUUGAGGACUAGCUCCUUCUCUGUUGAAGGUCUUUACCGGCAUGCCCUGUGCAUUUUCUUUUCGCUGCUAAAAUCUCUGUGUAACUGUCACAUCUACAUCAGGUCCCGUUAUCAACCCCGCCCCCCAAAUUCAUACGCAAUCUGCCAUUUCCGGUAUCAGGAAAUACUGAUUCUGAUCGGCCAGCUCUCCUUGGGGACAUGCAUGGGUCCCAGCAGUAUGGCCACAGCCAGGGUCUCGAUGUCCAAGCGAGUCAGGAGCGCUCUCCGUAACCAAGAUCUUCCUUCAGGUUUUACUGUCAGUUUGUUGGUCUUCCGAUGCCGGAGAAAGGAUGGUGUGACAAUACCUCUUGCUUCUAAAGAAUGUAUUCUUACAAGAUCCUGCAGAAUUUUUAUUUUUAUUUUUGUUUUAAAACACUACCCGAUGCUGUCCUUGCCCAUAGGGAAGGUGGGUGUUAGGGGCUUCUAUCAGUGUUAAGGAGUGUAUCUGAGUGUGGUCCUCUCCCUUUGCCUUCUUUCUCCAGGCUCCGUAGCUCUGGCAGCAGCUAAGGGGCUGGGCAGUUGCUGACUCGUCAGCUGUGUCUCUGCUGUUCCGCUCAGAGCACGCCCUACAAGGUUCAUCUCUGCACAUGCGUCCUCCCCAGCACAUUCUCUUAUUCCUUCCCCUGCUGCAAGGAUGUUUGUGAUUCCUGACCCUGGGAAGCUGCAGACGGCAGGGAGAGGGUCUUAACAUCUGGCGAUCUGGUCCAGCAGUGUGCAAAUCGGAGCCUUUGAUGGAUGGCUCUCCCAGAGUUUUAAAAUUGUCUUUAAAAAAAACACCCUGAGCCUUCCUAAAUAACCAGUACAGAUGUUCUCUCUGGGCCACUAGGCGACAUGGGUCCUUCCCAGUUCCUUGCCCUGAAGCAUACCUCAACGCAGGACCACAGAAUCUCUGCAGCGGGAAUGCCAUGCGCCCAGCUCUGUUGGCGUUGAACAAAUAGUCACUGAAGACGGGUCCCUAAGAAGCAGUUCAAGCGCUACCAGCACGAUGGAUGUAUUCUUCACAGUGGCAAUACCUCUUACGAACUUAGGUCAGGAAGCAAUACUUCAGAACUGAAUGUGUGUAAAUAGUUGCUUUGAGUUGCAACUGCUGUUUUCUUCUUGGCCCCAAGUCAGAUCGAAUUAUACAUACAUACAUAUAUAUAUGUGUAUAUAUAUAUAUAUAUAUAUAUAUAUAUAUAUAUAUAUAUAAACAAGCACACACACAAUUUUAUCCAGUGCAAACAAACGUAGAGCAUCAGUUAUGAAGCCCUUAAGUAGCUUGAAGAGUCACACAGAUUAUGCAACACCUGCACAUUUGCACUUGACACUGAGAGCCAGAGGGCCGCGUGCUUCCCGCUACGUGGACUGUAAUAAUUUGUAGUUUCCAAAGAUCUGUCUGCGUUUGCAUUUCUAGAUUUUUGAGAUAAGCAUUUUUUGGUUGAUUGUUUCAGAAAAUCACAUCAUGCCUAGAACCUAAAGUUAAAUUAGCAAGAACCAACUGUUUGCAUUUUCCAUCGUUCCUUCACUCUGCUCUUUUUAAAUUGUUAAUUCUAAUUAUUUGAAAAUGCAUCCACUGAAGAAAUGGAUAUUAAAAUAUUCUAAAAUCUAAA